AUGAGCAAGUUGUGGGGGUCUGAUACUAAGGUGAUGUUAUUACAAGAAACUAGAAUACCGCUAGAUCAACUAGACGAGAUACAAGAAUACUUUACUUCCAUAAACAAAACAUUGUUCAUACACAGAAUUCGUAACAAUUUGACAGCCAUAGUAGUUGAUUCGUCCAUCCAUGGCAGGAUGCUUCCUCACAGGGAAGUAUUUGGACCAUAUCUUACUACUAUUCAAGUCGAUAACUACAUAAUUCACAGCUAUUAUGGGGAAAGGCAUGAAGCUCAGAGAAGGAUUCAUCUUCUUCUUUUGAGCCAAGAGCCAGUAGACCCAGAUUUAAUUUACAUCCUUGGAGGUGACUUUAAUAUGGUGAUGUCUGAUAUGUUGGACAGUUCUGAUGAUAGGGCCAGAGAUGGUGCGUCAGUAACUGCUCUCCAACAGAUCAUUGACAACUUCAAUUUCGUGGAUACUUUUAGAUGGUUGCAUCCACAUAAACAAGCCACCACCAAUCAUAAUGCAAGUCAUAAAUUACAUCGUCGGAUAGACAGAAUUUACAUUUCCAAAAGUUCAAAGAACCAGGUGAGAGACGCAACCAUUGGUACAGCAAUAAAUGGGUCCACCCACAAAUGGAUUAGUUGUGAGCUAACAAAUAUCCACAUAGGUAGACGUAGGUUUAUCAUGCACCAAAGGCUCAUUCAGAAACAAUACACCAAGUAUUUUACUCCGACAUUUAGCAUCGCAAAUGCCAUUCACUACUGGGAUAUUUAUAUCUUGGCGGUGGAACACGCUAGCAUUGCUCUUCUGGGUACGCUCAGAAAGUGCAAUGAGUAUCUUGGAGAACCCAAGGAUGCGGUGACUAAGGCUCAGUUACUCAAGCAGAGAAUGCAAGAUCAUGGUCCUUCCAAGAUUUUCUCCUCGCUUGAACAUACAAAGGCUUCUCAAACGAUAGAAGCAAAUACUACAUCAUCGAUGUUGGACCUUGCUUCUGACUUUUACAAAGACUUGUAUCGAUCAACAGGCCGUUCAGGAAUGUUGUUGACCAAGACUGUUCUGGAUUCAACCAGGCAGGCUUUGAUUCAGCCAUUCACUAUGGACGAACUCGAGAAAGCUAUUCGUCUGGCUCCCACCAAGUCGACCCCAGGACCUGAUGGGAUCCCGCAUGAGUUUUAUAAACAAUAUGAAUCGUCACGUCAGCCGUUACUUAAUGUAGCAAACGCUAUCCUUGGAGGUGCUCCCCUUCCUAGAUCUAUGAAGGUGGUAUACAUGCAGUUGUUGCCAAAGACUCCGACUGCCGUUAACAUAAAAGAUUAUAGACCCAUUAGUUUGAUUGAUACGUCGACCAGAUUAAUUUGUCGAAUGAUUGCCACAAGACUUAUUCCAGCCUUGGAUGAACUUAUUGGCCCUCAUCAAACUGGCUUUUUAGCAAAGAGAAGAGUAGACGAUAAUAUCACCCAGGUUCUUAAUGCACUUGAGUAUAUGGAUGGGUCAGUUUACACCGGGUUUGCCGUUGUAGACUUUGAAAAGGCCUUUGAUAAACUCAAUCACGAUUACUUGGAGAGAGUUUUAUAUGCAUCGGGUUUCGACCCUCUGUUUGUGAAACUACUCAUGAAGUUUACUGCUAAUCAUACAGGUUAUAUCUAUAUUAAUAACGAGAGAGGACCUCCUAUUCCUUUGGAUGCGGGGGUAAGACAAGGGAAUCCUAUAUCUCCAUUGCUAUUUAAUAUAGCCUUGGAGCCUUUGUUAGCUCGUCUUGCUAGUAAUUUAGAUGGUAUUAGAAGUUCCAACAGAAUGUUUCAAUUUAAAGUUGGUGCAUACGCAGAUGAUUUAGUUGUAGGGUUAAAUCAUAUAGCUGAUCAUCACGUACUCCACGAUGAACUUGAAGCAUUUUGUCAUAUAUCAGGUAGUAAAGUGUCAGCAUCCAAGUCAGUAUUCUUUGGGAAUUCUGAUGAAGUCUCUCCACUUAACUACACUUUCAAACCAAUCACUGAAGGUUUCAAGUAUCUUGGGGUGCAUACUAGAUCCCAUAGCUGGGCCAAAAUACUUGCAACUAUCCAACAUUUCAAAAGACAUCACCAAUUGGACGACUUUCCCCUCGCAUUAAUGGUGCGAGCCAUAAAGACGUACUAUGUGUCGAAACUUUACCACUACGAUAUCCAUCAGCCCAUGAAAGCCGAGGAUAUCAAAGCCUUUAAUAAUAUUCUAGGCGUGUUUAAAGGUGAACGAUUUGAAAGACUCAGGCAAAUCUUACCCCCCCUCCAUGGUGGCUUGGGUAUGAUCGACCUACAGGAACAAUUAUACGGCCGUAGAGCUAAGCAAGUGUGGUUGGCUUGCCAAUCAGAUGCAGAGCAUAGUCGUUACUUCAAAUACAAACUCCAAGAAGCUGUCAACAAAACGUUUGAUCAUACUUGGAAUCCCUCAGGACCCACAGAAUUAUAUCCAUGGUGGGAAUUUAUUAUCCCAGGAAGAUACCGAUGUGGAUCCCGAGUCGUAUCCACGCUCAUGGUUAUUACAACUAUGAUGGAUAUGGUACUGAUAGAAAACAAACCAUACCAACGUGAGGUAGCCUGGAUAACAGCUUGGUUUAAGCUUCAUCCAAGGCCUUCAAGAAAUCCUGAUAGAAUAAGCAUGAAGAGUCUUACUCUUGAAGAAGUCUUGAGCUACACGUUUGAACCUACAACCACUCUUCAAUAUGAAGAAAAACUGAUUGUAGAAUCUCAUUUCCAUCAAAGAUCCAAGAAGAUGAUCGAACUGUUAGUGAAAACAAAGAGGCAUUUGAAUAAAAAACUCAUGACCUCCACCAGCUUCAGAGACUUUGUGACUCCAGAUCAAGUCCAGUCAUUCUGGAAGACUUUCCACAAUACCCAGAAAUAUUACCCCCAUCCGUUGGACUAUAUCAAAAUGUUCAACUUGGGAUACUUGAAUUUCCAUGAGGCAGACCUAAUUAACAAAAGAACCGGCCGGCCAGCCCUACGACCGAACCUCAACACGGGUUGGGGACCGGACUCGUGGUGUUAUCUUUGCUCGGAACAUAAUAAUCUGCCCAAACACAUAUACCUGGAAUGUAGAAUAUCACUUCAGAUCUGGCAACGAUUGAUUGCUGGACCACGUCCACAGUGGCAUGAAAUGUAUUUAUCAGAGAAUAAACUUAACUUUAAGUUUAAUCUUUACCUCAAAACAACGGUUGAUGCCUUUGAAUACCAAGUUAGAAUGCAAGUUAAUGGCAAACCUUGUGCUAACAACUGGAUAGAUGAGUAUCUUUUCCAAUUUGCUAAUCGACUUUGUCGCUUCUUACCCCCCGCACGUGCAAUGCGAGGUCUAAUGCGAACUUAG